AAGCAGAAGAGGGAGAACGAGAGUGAGCACGCUGGGUAGCCGUGCGUGCGCUCCGCUCUGCGCCACAGGCUCGCCCAACGAAGCACAAGCCAUCAGGGUCGCGGUCCUGAGGACAUUGCUGCCACCCAAGAGUGCAGAGAACCAACUACAGAAUCUGGAGGUCGGUAGCAGCCCCGAUCUAGGCAGACUCGGGGCCAGCGGGGUGCGGAGGAAGAGCGGAACCGGAACGCAGAUCCCAGACUCUGGAGGAGGAAAAAGAGUGGAUCCCUGAGCCGGCACAUCGCGAGCCCCAGAGCUCCCCUGGAUAGCGCGCUUUGCUGGACGGCACGCCCCCCUUAGCUUCCGCACCCUGUCCUCUGGGCGCCUCCUCAUCUGCCCCUGGAGGGACUUUCACCUGCAAAGGUGCAGGACAAAGCCGCGUACCCGGCGCCCACCAUGCACCUCAACAGCUCCGUGCCGCAGGGCGCCCCUGGUGAACCCGGUGCCCAGCCCUUCCCGCGGCCACAGUUUGGACUGGAGGAGAUGCUCCUGGCGCUCGGCUUGGGCAAUGGUUCUGGCAAUACCUCGGAAUCCGUCCUGGCAGCGCCCAACAGCGACCUGGACGUGAACACGGACAUUUAUUCCAAGGUGCUGGUGACCGCUGUAUACCUGGCACUCUUUGUGGUGGGCACUGUGGGCAAUUCGGUGACAGCCUUCACCCUAGCGCGGAAGAAGUCGCUGCAGAGCCUGCAGAGCACGGUGCAUUAUCACCUGGGCAGCCUGGCACUGUCUGAUCUGCUCAUCCUGCUGUUGGCCAUGCCUGUGGAGCUGUACAACUUCAUCUGGGUGCACCAUCCCUGGGCCUUUGGGGAUGCUGGCUGCCGUGGCUACUAUUUCCUGCGUGAUGCCUGUACCUAUGCCACAGCGCUCAAUGUAGCCAGCCUGAGUGUGGAGCGCUACUUGGCCAUCUGCCAUCCCUUCAAGGCCAAGACCCUCAUGUCCCGCAGCCGCACCAAGAAAUUCAUCAGUGCCAUAUGGCUAGCCUCGGCGCUGCUGGCUGUACCCAUGCUCUUCACCAUGGGCUUGCAGAACCGCAGUGCUGACGGCCAGCACCCUGGUGGCCUGGUGUGCACACCCACUGUGGACACAGCCACCGUCAAGGUCGUCAUCCAGGUUAACACUUUCAUGUCCUUCCUGUUUCCCAUGCUGGUCAUCUCCGUCCUAAACACUGUGAUCGCCAACAAACUGACUGUCAUGGUGCACCAGGCCGCCGAGCAGGUCCACGGCGUGGGCACUGUGGGCACCCACAACGGUUUAGAACACAGCACGUUCAACAUGUCCAUCGAGCCCGGCCGUGUCCAGGCCCUGCGCCAUGGAGUCCUCGUCUUACGUGCUGUGGUCAUCGCCUUUGUGGUCUGCUGGCUACCCUACCAUGUGAGGCGCCUCAUGUUCUGCUAUAUCUCGGAUGAACAGUGGACUACGUUCCUCUUCGACUUCUACCACUAUUUCUACAUGCUGACCAACGCUCUCUUCUAUGUCAGCUCCGCCAUCAAUCCCAUCCUCUACAACCUGGUCUCCGCCAACUUCCGCCAGGUCUUCCUGUCCACACUAGCCUGCCUCUGUCCUGGAUGGCGCCGCCGUCGAAAGAAAAGGCCAACGUUCUCCAGGAAGCCGAACAGCAUGUCCAGCAACCACGCCUUUUCCACCAGCGCGACCCGGGAGACCCUGUACUAGGCCUUGAGAAGGUGGAGAGGGGGCCUCAACCUGUGCACGGGGCAGCACUCCUCCUCCCCGGACCUCCAAGGGUUAAGUAGUGACCAGUCUAAACCAUGCAGGUGAGGCUGGGCACCCUCAAUGGAGGCUUCUUUCUUUCCAGUUUCUCUUUCUUUCCUUCCUCUGGUCCCUCCUCCCAAGUCCUUUAUUCUCGACUCUUAUCCCUCUCCUACCUCCACCUUAAAAACCAGAACAGAGGUUGUUUCUCUCGGCCAUGCAAAAGGCCUUUAACAAGAAGAAAUUAGCACUCUCCAAGGACAGCUUCCUUUGUUCCCAGACUAAUGGAUGCUUUAGAAGGAAGAAAUGAAAGCACCACCUUGGGCCUGGGCUCUGGACAGAUGAGCUGUUGAAAUCAUAACAGUACCUUGUAACUGCACUGGCUGAGCAAGUGUCUGAAGUUGGAUUUGGGCUCAGAGGCACAGGCUCCACCUCAGCCCCCUUAUGCCCCUGUUCCUGCCCUGGUCCAGCAGAUAACAUGGCUCUCUCUGAGCCUCAUGUCUAGACCCUUCCUUGGCAGGCUGCCAUACUGCCUCUCCCAGGGUGGUCCAGAGAAGCCCCCAAAGGGGGCUCUCUUUAAGGACCAGGGCCCACAGCUGAAAGCUGAGGGAAUCCAUGCCCUGCCUGGACAGCUAUGGCCCACUAAAGAGACCCCAAUUCCCACAUGCUCAGGAAGAACAAAGGGCUGGCCUAGAAUUACACAGGACAAGCUUCCCUGGCUUUGCAGGGAGGGAUACCUGCACUGGGACCUUGACCUCUUGGAUCUGCAGAACGAUGGCAGAUAAGUGGGGUCUAGCCUCUACUGUCCAGAUAGCUUUGCUGGGGAUGUGCAUAGUUCUGCGUCUCAUAUACAGCUGUAUAGACUGGGGACCUGCAGCUGCUGGCUUCAGGCUGAGACUCCUGAGAAGGAACACUGAGCCAGGUCCUCAGCAAGAUGCCAGUGUCUGAGACUCUACAGGUAAGGGGGGGCCAAGCACCCCAGCAUCCAGCUGGCUGGCAGCCCUGGACUGAGGCAUAUGUCAAUUUGUUACCAGCCGCCACACAGCCGCCCUGGCCCAGGUUCUAGGCGCCUGGAAAAGCAGGCACCCUUCAUCUCUGGGAGCUGUCUCCAAACAAGACAGGACCAUCUAAGCUGCAGCCAACAAGACUGGCUGAGAGCUUGGAGACAGCCCCAGGAUGCCAUGGACCAUCAGGGUAGAAGUAGCAGGAGGGUCAAGUUCAGCCUUUUGCAAAAGAGCCUUGGCCCUGUUGUCUGGAAGAGAAACGACUGGACAGGCAGAUGCUCGGUGAGAAUGGUAUUGCCAUGGGAUGCGUAAGGCGGCUCACUCAUGGCCCAGGGCUAGCCUCUGCUCCCUCUGAACUAUAAAGCAAUGGGUUAAAAGUCAGGAUGUCUGUGGUCACCCAGAGAUAUGGGGAGUACUUGUUCAAGUACUUGACCCCCACAAAACUCCGCUGCUAGUAACAUGACCCCUCAGGUCGUCAAGGUCGGGACCUGGGUGAGUCAGGGUCAUAGCUGACAGCAGGAAGAUGUUAUCACCCCAGAGGGAGGCCUCUCCUUCCAAGACCUGUCUGCAUGGGAACCCCUCACAGCCCUGUGGAGCCACCUUGUCCAGUGAGUGGGUCACAGGCCAGUUUUUGGUCAUGAGGAUUUCAACUUAGACUCAAGCCAGGCAGUCCAGCUCCAGGAUGCUACCCUGGGUUUCUAGACCUUGGGCAAGCCAUUCUUCUGAGCCUUGAUUUCCUCGUUUCAGCUGACUGGGGCUGCCUUGAAGGACUCAGCCUGGGGUAAGCCAAAGAGAGACACCUGAGGCUGGCUAGAGCCAAUACCCUAUCGUAUGACUCCUCGGAAAUGCUGUGGCCUCAUUAUAGGGGUGUUCCAAGCUGUCACCAGAAGUCUCCGCUGUGGUCUGUAGCAUCUUGUCUGUGUGCUUGAUGUAAUUAGGGAUAUACAUCCAUGCACCACCAGAUGCACCUGUGACUCUGGCUGGGUAUUCUAUGCUCUGGGCCAAGUGAAGAUGAAAAUAGCUCUGGAGGCUGUCCUGAGCGUCCUGGUUAGAAUCUCAUGAACCCAAUAGUGAUGUGAAAACACCUGUCAGUGUGCCCCAAACAUCUGUCAGAAUGCCACCCACCUUAUUACACUUCAAUAAAAGACCACCUUCCUCAUAUCUCUCAAUAAAGAAUAAAGGAAGCUGUGUAUAUC